AUGGAAUCGGAAAAUGCAACAUCACUCUGGUCUAACAACAACAGCACCUCCCCCUCUUUCAACUCAUCAGAUUCCACUGUUUCCCUAGAGUGGGACCUUGUCGGCAUCAUUAUCCCCCCAUACAUAUUCACCUUAUGCAUUUUGGGCCUUCUUUUUAACGGCUUUGUUCUGGCUGUUUUUGCACUCCACAAGGACCAACUGACUGUAGCAGAGAUCUACCUGAGCAACCUGGCACUGGCUGACUUUAUUCUUCUGUGUGGCCUCCCUCUCUGGGCAAUGUACAUCCUCAAUGGGUUUAACUGGCUAUACGGAGAUGCAUUAUGUAAAAUUGUCAACUUUUUCAUUCUCAACAAUUUCUACACCAGUAUCUAUACCUUGGUUUUAAUUAGCAUAGACCGCUACUUUGCCCUUGUGAAGACCAUGAAGGCCAGGUGGUUAAGACGGACAUUGUAUGCUAAGGUUAGCUGCCUCAUUGUUUGGAUAUUAGGGCUUUUGCUGAGCCUUCCAACUACUGUUCUAAGAAAGGAGAAAUUCAUUGAAGAGUACGAAGUAACAUCCUGUGUUGUGGACUAUGCUCAUGGCAGUUCUUGGAAGCUUUCCCAUCAGAUUCUAUUGAACAUAUUGGGCUUUGUCCUUCCUGUUCUGGUCAUUGUUUUUAGCAGCUACAAUAUAAUCCAGGUUCUGGAACAGAGGAAACUAAUCAGAGAUUUUAAUGACACCAAUGACACAAAGACCAUUUCACUACUGUGUACUGUCACACUACUAUUUUUACUGUGUUGGGGUCCUUUCCAAGUAUUUACCUUCCUUGACACACUCUGUGAUAUCCAAGUGUUGGAAGAAGACCUGUGGUUUGACACUCUAGAUAUAGGUGGACAGGUUUCAGUAUAUCUGGGUUUUCUCAACAGUACCCUGAACCCUCUGCUGUAUGUCUUUUAUGGACAAUACUUUUGGAAGAAGGUUCGUGCAAUCUACAGAAGGUCUAGACACCAACACAGAGGAUCUGACAUGACUACAUACCAACGUUCAGUUGUAUCCACUUAUAUCAACAAAACAGAGCAAAUUAAGCCAGUUGUCAUUUUUAAUGCCAAAAAUCAAAUGUGA